AUGCCAGCAAAGUUGAAUCGUCAUGCGCGCACGAUUCAAUUUUGGGCGCGCCAUUUCGAAACAAGCGGUGCGCUGCCAGUGUUUCUACGAGGCAAGCAUCAAAAGACCGAGUCGCUCAUGCACGAUGAAGACUUCAUGGCGAAGUGCGCUGAGUGGCUGCACGCUCAGCUUCCAAACCAAAGGUCACCCCAGCGCUUUCAGCGUCACCUCAACAUGGAAGUGAUACCUUUGCUGACAGGGGCACUUGAAGCCAACCUGUCCGAGAGCACGGCGCGUCGCUGGAUGCAGCACAUUGGAUAUCGAUAUGAGCUCUGGAAGAAGAACGUUUACACCGAUGGUCACGAGCGUGAAGACGUCACGGCGUGCCGCGAAAGGUUUUGCAAGUUGUUCCUCAGCUUGGCCGAGCGGAUGAAGUUCUACUCUGGCGAAGACAUGGCGACGGUGGAUUUGCUUACAGCGACCAAUGAGCCUGAAAUCGUAUGGAUCACGCACGACGAGUCGGUGUUUUACGCCAACGACGAUGGCAACAAAGGUUGGCCCCAGAUCGACAACCACGACCUUCACAAGAAAGGACGAGGGUGCUCGAUCAUGGUGUCUGACUUCUUGUGUCCCUGUCAUGGUCGUUUGUUCAACAUGGUGAAUAACGUCAUGACUUACACAACAAGAACGCUCCACGUCGGCAAGAACAACGAAGGCUAUUGGACAUGUGAGCACAUGAUCAAGCAAGUACAAGACGAAGUCAUCUCAGCCUUCGGGGACAUGCAUCCUGGGGCAAUGGGAUUAUUUACCUUCGACCAGUCGACCAAUCAUGCCGCGUUCACUUCAGACGCUCUCCGAGCUUCGAACAUGGGACUUCGACCCGGCGGAGCCCAGGCACUUCUUCGGCCCGGCCGAUUGCCCGGUGGAUCUCCGCAGGGUAUGGUUUUUGAUGACAACCAUCCACACCGUGGCGAAGCAAAGGGCCUACAACAAGUGCUCUUAGAACGCGGAUACGACAUCAAGUUGCUCAAGAUGUCGCACACCUGCAAAGAGGCCAACAUCGACACAAGUCAUGGACCCAUUCGCAUGUGCUGCGCGCGCCACUGCAUGGCAUCGCAGGACGAAGUUCGAAGUUAUUCAACCCAUUUCCGAUAA